AUGAUCCCGGUCCCCGAUCAAUAUCUGCGCACCAUCAGCUUGCUGACGCAGAUCCUGUGCUGCAGCAUCACCACCCUCUGCCUGGCUCUGCGCCUGCUGGUGGCUUUCCGGAUCAAGCGAGAUGUGAACACUGAUGAUGCAUUUUGCACUCUAUCCUGGGUCCUGUUCUUUACCUACUGCAUCUGCAAUAUCUUUUACCUCCAUUAUGGCGGCGGCAAACCCCUCGCCCUACUGACUCCCUACCAAAUUCGGCUCGUCUACAAGGCAGGCACCAUGAAUGACCCCCAGGGCCACCCCAUCCGAUUCUACUAUGUUUUGACCGUCAUCUACGCCCCGAUGGUCCUCACCGUCAAAAUCACCCUGCUCUCCAUCCUAGCGCGCAUCUUCACCAUCCGCCACGUGCAGGUCAUCAGCGUCUACUCGGUCUUGGUGGUGACGGUGGUAUACUACACGAUCAUCUUCUUCAUCAAGGUCUUCAUCUGCCUGCCGGUCUCGUACUUCUGGACUAACUACGACGAGGAAGCGCAAUGCCUCAACCGGAUGGCGGUGAUCCUCGCCGAUGCGGUCAUGAGCAUCGCCACAGAUCUGGCCAUCAUGCUGCUCCCGGCCUUCCUGACCAUCAACCUGCACCUCUCGCACGUCAAGAAGCUCAAGGAGGAUAAUCUGGAGUCGACCGUCGUGUUCUUGAAGAUUCUGCUGUCGGGUAACGCUGAAGGCGGAUUCGCCCUCAUCUGCUCGUGUGUCCCCGCCAUCCAUAUCCUCAUCACCCGCCGCGGAGACACGCAGCGCUCCAGCACCUCCUCCCACCAGCUCUUCCGGCAUUCCGUCCCCCCCUCGUUGCCCUUCCAUCGGACCCCCGCCAGCCCUUCAUUCGCCGAGUCCGAGCAGGCCCGCGUGACAUCCACCGCGCAGCGCGCAUCGCUGGUCGUCCCCGAGCUGAACGAGCUGGAGAUCAGCGAGGAGGGCCCGUCGGACGCGAACCAGAUCGUGCGAAAGGUCCUGCUCUCGCGUCGGUCGGAGAGAGUGCAAGUGCCGGUGCUGCGGGACUGCUCGCAGGGGUCCUCGGAGACGCAGCUCGGCAACCAAUUCGGAGCAGUUUGA